GUAAGAAAAUUAAAGAAAUAUAAAAUAAAAAUGUUAAUAUUUAAUGUAACUUUAUUUUCCCUCUCAUAAAUAAUAUAUUUUUUAUUUUAUGUUUCUAGGUACUUUAUUAGCAAGAGAUCAAAUUACGGAGUUGAAGAAAGUUCAUAAAGCUGGUGUUUUGGUAGCUGAAAAACAAAAAAUAUUAUCAAAACAGAUAAAGAAUUAUACCAUCUAAUUGGUUCAAUUACUAAAGGAUCUCCACUUAAUUUAUUUCAUGCAUGUAUAAAAACAAAUGGUAUUCCAAAGACCUGGAGAAGUAUUUUAAUGCCAUUGAAAACAAAAGUUGAAGUAAAUCUCAAUGAAAAUGUGACUAGAAAAGGCACAAUCUAUAACAAGGAAAAAAAAGCUAGUGACAAUGUUCCUGAAACAGAAGAGUUUUCUGAAGAAGAUUUACCUCGUGAGUUACUCAAUGGUCUCAAUGAUAGGGAUUUUCGUCGACAAUUGUUAAAACUAUCAAUACCGAAAACAACAAAAUCAUUUGGAGGAUGUCAAACUCCUAGUCAACUUUUAAAGCAUAAAUUUCAUCGAAAGUUUGUUAAAGCUUGCUUAAUCAUUGGCAGUCUAGAAAAUACAGAUGAACAAUGAAUUAAAACAACAGAAUUUCAAACGGUGCUUAUACUAUAAAGAAAUUGGACAAUUUUAAACAUGCAUUAAAUUCAAUGAACUUGACUCCAAAAGUGUUGUGUCCAUAUAUAUUUUUGUUAACUUAUUUUUGUUUUGUUUUUAAUUAAAACUGAAACUUGUUAUAUUUGUAAUCUUAUUAGUUUCAUAUUUAAAAUUAAUGUUUUUGUUAUGUUUAAAUAGUAUUAAACGCAUUGUUACGUAAAGGCAAUAUUUAAAGACUUGCUAAGUAUUUCAAAGUUUUUUUUGUAUGAAUUUGAUUUAUUGUUUUUAAUUAAUCUACAUUAAUAUAAGAUAUUGCAUAAUUAUCUUGACUCCGCAUUACAUGUACUGCAACAAUUUUUUUUUUUUUUAUCAUUUUUAUCAUUACCACUAAUUUUUAAUUUUUUAUAAGUUCUUUGGCUUUUAUUAUUACAUUCAAUUAGAAG